GUUGUGUGCAUUGAGCACCGGCGGCGAAAGCUUGUGGAAGAACGAACCGCUACUGACCUAAUGGAGGCGGCGGCAACGGCAACGGCGGCGUUCACUUCUUCUCCGCAUUAUUCGAAGAGCACAUCCUCGUGUUUGUCGCCUUCCGGUUCUCAUUCUCCGCAGUCGCUUCAGUUUAACCCUUUAAAAUUCAAAUUGCCAAGAGCGGCGUCCUCAAUUCGCGCCUCGGCUUCUGCUGCUGGGGACUCUGUUGUGACAUUGCUUGAUUACGGAGCUGGAAAUGUACGGAGCCUCAGAAAUGCAAUCCGAUUUCUUGGAUACGAUAUUAAAGAUGUACAAACUCCAGAGGACAUCAUGAGCGCCGAACGUUUAAUUUUUCCUGGCGUAGGUGCAUUCGCACCAGCCAUGGACGUGCUCAACAAAACAGGAAUGGGUGAAGCACUUUGUUCAUACAUUGAGCAAGACCGUCCAUUUUUAGGCAUUUGUCUUGGGUUGCAACUGCUUUUUGAGGCAAGUGAGGAAAAUGGACCAGUGCAAGGACUUGGUUUGAUUCCCGGGAUUGUUGGUCGUUUUGACUCAUCAAAUGGAUUGAGAGUACCUCAUAUUGGUUGGAAUGCUAUCCAAGUAGCUAGAGAUUCUCAAAUUCUGGAUGAUGUUGGGAGCCGUCAUGUCUACUUUGUUCAUUCCUACCGUGCAAUACCGUCUGAUGACAACAAAGAAUGGGUAUCCUCAACAUGCAACUAUGGUGGGGAUUUUAUUGCUUCAAUAAGAAGGGGGAAUGUUCAUGCAGUUCAAUUUCACCCAGAAAAGAGUGGAGAUGCUGGCCUAUCUGUCCUCAAAAGGUUUUUGAAUCCCAAUAAUGAGGUCACAAAGAAGCCAGUCCAACAGAAUGCAUCUCAACUUGCAAAAAGGGUCAUUGCUUGCCUUGAUGUAAGGACCAAUGAUAAAGGGGAUCUUGUUGUGACUAAGGGAGACCAAUAUGAUGUGAGAGAGCAAACCAAAGAAAAUGAGGUGAGAAACCUUGGCAAGCCAGUUGAUCUUGCUGGACAAUAUUACAAAGAUGGUGCUGAUGAGAUUAGUUUCCUGAACAUUACCGCAUUCCGAGACUUUCCUCUUGGUGAUUUACCAAUGUUACAGGUCCUGAGGCUUGCAUCAGAGAAUGUUUUUGUGCCAUUAACAGUUGGUGGAGGUAUUAGAGAUUUUACUGAUGCAAAUGGCAGGUAUUACUCUAGUUUGGAAGUUGCUUCAGAAUAUUUCCGAUCCGGUGCAGAUAAGAUAUCCAUUGGUAGUGAUGCUGUUUAUGCUGCAGAAGAGUACUUGAAAACAAAGGUGAAAUCUGGAAAGAGCAGCCUUGAGCAGAUCUCUCGAGUGUAUGGAAAUCAAGCAGUUGUUGUAAGCAUUGAUCCUCGUAGGGUGUACUUGAAAGAUCCCAAGGAUGUUGAAUUCAAGUCGAUUAGAGUAACAAACCCAGGUCCAAAUGGCGAGGAAUAUGCAUGGUAUCAAUGCACAGUGAGUGGUGGAAGAGAAGGUCGUCCAAUUGGCGCAUACGAGCUUGCAAUAGCUGUCGAGCAACUGGGAGCUGGGGAAAUACUGCUUAAUUGCAUCGAUUGUGACGGUCAAGGGAAAGGGUUCGACAUUGAUUUGAUAAAGCUCAUCUCGGAUGCUGUAAACAUUCCAGUGAUAGCAAGCAGUGGCGCCGGAGCAGUCGAACACUUCUCAGAAGUUUUCUCCAAAACAAACGCCUCUGCUGCCCUUGCUGCCGGUAUUUUUCAUCGAAAGGAGGUGCCGAUACAAUCUGUGAAAGAGCACUUGCUACACACAGGAAUAGAAGUUAGAAUGUAAGCACAACAAAUGUUCUAUUCAGUGUCGAUUUGAAACCUCUCCCUUCCCUUUGAAAUGCCCAGUCCGAAGGUCUGUAUUCUUAUCUCAAACCUCUUGAAAAAUCAUAUUUUGUGCUUGGAUUUUGAGGCUAAGUAUUUAUUCUGCAGAUUAGAGUUUUCUUGUGAAGGAAUUUGUGUUGUAAUGUUGUUUCUAGAGUUCUGUGUCUAUGGGUGUUUAAAUUUCAUCGAAGUAAUAAAUGGAAUGACUUUUUAUAUUGAA